AUCAUGGGAAAAUAACAUAGCAGGCUAGCACGCGCAGGAAGAAGAGUGGAGAAUCGACACCUCCGCGGAGCUAAAGUGUUUCUGUGCGUUAUAUUCCCCAUUCAUCUCAUCAAACAGUUAUUAACCGACAUCGAUAACGACCAAAGCCCCUCCAGUUGUCCGAAAGUCCCCAAAGUCUUCACAGAGUUUGUUUUUGUCGGUUUGUUGGAUAUUUAGCGCGUGUCGCUGUCGAGCGAGUUCGCGGAAGAGUUCACUGCUUCAGAUACCAAAGAUCACUGGCUUUGUAUUCAGAAGAUAAACGGGAACUUUGGAUCAAGCGAGGUAUAGUCGACGGUGGUGUAAAUAUGAGUUACAAGCCGAUCGCCCCCGCACCCACCGGCUCCAACCACACUCCACCAGGAUCCUGUGGCUCUUCUCCAUCACUACCGUCCUCUUCAAACUUUAGACCAGCAUUUAGCGAUUUUGGUCCACCAUCAAUGGGCUUUGUACAACCAGUAAAAGUGUCCCAGGGAUCUACCUAUAGUGAGCUGCUUUCCGUCAUUGAGGAGAUGAGCCGUGAAAUACGGCCUACGUAUGCCGGCAGCAAAAGUGCCAUGGAGAGACUAAAGAGAGGUAUCAUUCAUGCACGUGCUCUUGUCAGGGAGUGUCUAGCAGAGACAGAGCGAAGUGCUCGCACAUAACAUCCACCCACAAUCUCCCUCUGGUACUCGUCUCCCCAUUGUUCCGUCUCUCACAAGAAAGGCUGUUUUUCCUUUCUGCCAAGCUAUUUACACCAUUUUAUAUCUUUCUUAUUGAUCUGCUUUGUCCAUUGUGCAUAGCUCAGUCCCCACCUCCCUCCUGAUGUACACCUCAUGUAGUUGCAAGUAGCAUAGCAUUUUUUUAAGGCAACUUUUUGCAGUUCUGUAUUUAAAUAAAACAAAAUCAAUUAACAA